AUGUUCGAGUCCAAGCUCGUGGAGAAGGAGCCGCACAAUAAGGGGUGCAUGAGCAGAGGGCUGGCAGUGGCGAGGGCCCUGCAGCUGCUGGAACUGAAGCCUAAGGGGAAAGGGCACGCAGAUCGAGUUGGCGAUGGUGGAGGUGUUCCAGGCGAUGGUAGCCUUCCAAUUCAGACAAAGCAUUUGCAGCACUGGAUGGUGAAGCCGAGAGUGAAGACGAGGAUUGAAGAAGAACAAAGAAGUCAAGACAGAGGAGGCAGGCAGUGGAGUGCUGAAUUGAUGUCACUCAAGAAAGUUGAAGAUCCACUUCAGAAAGGCACUAACUUCUAUAAUCAAGCCUUUAUCAGUAGAAUAUUAAGAAUGAAAACUAACAAGAAAGGCACUAACUUCUAUAAUCAAGGUUCCAUCCUUGAGGAGGAUCCAGAGUACCAGCUUAUUGUUGACUGCGGAAUGGGUGCAUCACUGAUAUUCACAUGCCUAAUCAACUGUCAGGACAAGUACUUGCUUCAAUGUCAGAGAUACCAUAAAUUCGUGGAAUAUCUGCGUCGUGAAAACCAGCAACAAAGCCUCCCCUACCGGAUGCCCUAG